AAAAAGAAGACGGGAGAGAGGGAGAAAGAGCAAAAAACCCGUCAUCUGAUCUCUUCAAAAACGCAUCGUAUUCUCUCAUAUUUUUGCAUCGCAUUCGUUUCCUUGAAUCCCUCUGUUAGAGAGAGAGAGAGAGAGAGAGAGAGAGUCAUAGAGAGAGAAUGUUCCAUGCUAAGAAACCUUCAAGUAUGAAUGGUUCAUAUGAGAACAGAGCUAUGUGCGUUCAAGGCGAUUCAGGCCUUGUCCUCACCACCGAUCCUAAACCGCGUUUGCGUUGGACCGUCGAACUCCAUGAGCGUUUUGUCGACGCCGUCGCUCAGCUCGGCGGCCCCGACAAAGCGACUCCAAAGACCAUUAUGAGAGUUAUGGGUGUGAAGGGUCUUACUCUUUACCACCUAAAGAGCCAUCUUCAGAAAUUCAGGCUUGGAAAGCAGCCGCACAAGGAGUACGGGGAUCACUCCACAAAGGAAGGCUCAAGAGCUUCUGCCAUGGAUAUUCAGCGCAACGUAGCUUCUUCCUCUGGCAUGAUGAGUCGCAACAUGAACGAAAUGCAAAUGGAAGUGCAGAGAAGGUUGCAUGAACAGCUAGAGGUGCAGAGACAUUUGCAGCUGAGGAUUGAAGCACAAGGAAAGUAUAUGCAAUCUAUAUUGGAGAGAGCUUGUCAAACCCUAGCCGGUGAGAACAUGGCAGCUGCCGCCGCCGCUGCCGGAGGGGGGUACAAGGCCAAUUUGGGAAGUUCAAGCCUUUCCGCAGCGGUGGGUCCACAACCUCAUCCUCUUAGUUUCCCGCCGUUUCAAGACCUAAACAUUUAUGGAAACACAACCGAUCAAGUUCUUGAGCAACAUAACUUCCAUCAUCAGAACAUAGAGAAUCAUUACACGACCAACAAUGCUGCAGAUACCAACAUUUACUUGGGGAAGAAGCGACCAAACCCUAGUUAUGGUACUAACGAUGUAAGGAAAGAACUCUUAAUGUGGUCUGAUCAAGAUCAGGAACUUUCUGGAAACCAAGCCAUCGAUGAUGAGCAUCGGAUUCAGAUCCAAAUGGCUACACAUGUUUCCACGGAUUUGGAUUCCCUGUCAGAAAUUUACGAAAGGAAAUCUGGUUUAUCAGGUGAUGAAGGAAAUAACGGUGGGAAGUUUCUGGAGAGGCCAUCGCCUCGAAGGUCGCCAUUGAGUCCUAUGAUGAACCCUAAUGGUGGAUUAAUACAAGGAAGGAACUCACCAUUUGGGUGAUAAAAUAACUUAUUUUAACAUGUGAUGCAUGAGAACGUGAGAAGAAGAUAUAUAUAUUUUGUUGUAUGAGCUUGGCUUAGGGUUUAGAGAUGAGGCAUAAAAAAUUACAAACUUUGUUAAUUAUGUUAUGGAUUAGUUUUAAUUUGUACUGAAACUAUGUAUCAUUAUCGUUGCUACAAUAGUUAGGAUCUAUUAUGUACUUAUUCAUUAUUUUCCAGUCAAGUGUUUGAAAACUGAUGAUAGUUAGUAGAAUACUAGAAUGGCCGAGUGAUUAUGUUUACUUUGGUUUAAUCAACCACUAAUUAUUUUCAUUGUUAAUUUGUGUGUUUAUGCUAAGCUAUUUUAAUAUAUAUGUUUGACAGCAUGUUACC